UGUCGGUUUUGGUCAAUUUAAGCAAAUUUCAAAAUGCAAACCUGAGUUCUAAAUCAAACAGCUCAGUCUAUUCAAGUUUAUUUGUUUGGAUCAUUUGGAGUGGUCGAUUCAUAUAGAUCAUUUAUCAAUCAGUGUGGGCACCUUAUCUAUUCAUCAACGCUCAACAAACUCUGUUUUUUCGCAGAAUUUAAAGUUGAUUAAUACUCCCUCUCCAGUUGCUGCGAUAGAACAGAGUAAAAGUUAAAUCCCGCCCCCACACGAACCAACCGGCGAGAAAGAGAAGUUUACCAUAACGUUUCUCUUCAUCUUCUCCAUUCAUAUAUAUAAUCUUGGUCGGAGAAUCAGGAUGAAAGAUACCAUCUUCAUUUUUUGAUGUGAUUGGUGAUACGGUCUAUCUCUCUCAACUAUUUUCCGAAUCUUGAGCUCCAGAGCAGUUUCACUUCGCUGCGCGCUCAAUUUUAACUGGCAAAGCUAUCUUCCCGGCGGAGGUGACGGACAUUAUGGAGAACAGUGGCGAUUGCAGUACAAUGGACGGGUGGCUGUAUCUGGUGCGCUCCAAUUCGAUUGGGCUUCAGUACUCCCGCAAAAGAUACUUCGUUCUGAAGGAUCACUUCCUCAACAGUUACAAAUCCAUACCCGUCUCCAAACUCGAGGAUCCGGUCAGAAGUGCAGUUAUUGAUUCCUGUAUUCGGGUGACAGACAAUGGGAGAGAGAACAUAAAAAGAAGGGCCAUUUUUGUUUUCUCUCUUUACAAUACUUCAAAUCAUAACGAUCAGCUCAAGUUGGGAGCAACCAGUCCUGAGGAAGCAGCGAGAUGGAUUCAGGCUAUUCAAGAAGCAGCUUUGAAGGCAGAAACAAAUCGGGGGGAUGCGUUGGAUUUCCCGAUGCAUGGGUCACAAUAUUUAAGGUAUCAUCGCCCAACUUCAGUUGACUGGGCUUAUUUUUCACCAUCAACCACAGAUGCAAGAUCCGAUGUUGUUGCAUCCUCUUCUUGGACAAUCUUUGGUUGUCAGAAUGGACUACGGCUAUUUAAAGAAACUAAAGACAGGGGAUCUCAAAAGAGGUGGGAUGACCAUCCAGCAAUAAUGGCUGUUGGAGUAGUUGAUGGAACAUCAGAGGCAAUUUUUCAAACGCUCAUGUCCCUUGGUCCUUCAAGAUCAGAGUGGGACUUUUGUUUAUACAAGGGCAGUAUGAUUGAACAUCUGGAUGGUCAUACAGAUAUAGUUCAUAAGUGUCUGCAUCGUGAUUGGCUUCCUUGGGGAAUGAAGAGAAGAGAUCUUCUUCUGCAGCGCUAUUGGAGAAGGGAGGAUGACGGGACGUAUGUCAUUCUGUACCAUUCUGUAUUUCACCAGAAGUGUCCUCCUCAAACCGGAUAUGUCCGUGCCUGCCUUAAAAGUGGUGGAUAUGUAAUAUCACCCAUGAAUCAAGGGAAGGCCUCAGUUGUUAAGCACAUGCUUGCUAUUGAUUGGAAAUCCUGGAAAACUUAUAUACAAACAUCAUCAGCUCGGUCUAUAACUAUACGCAUGCUAGGAAGACUUUCUGCUUUACGGGAGCUAUUUAAGGCAAAAGUUGGAGAAUAUUCGACAUCUGAUUCCUCGGGAGAACUGAUUAGAGGAAGAAGAUUGCAUAAAAUUGAUGAGGACAGUGAAGCCCAAACAACAUUAGAGAGGAAGCAUAAGGAAGACAUGGAAGAAGUUGUGAAGGCACCAUCUGAACAUGCAAGCCUCAUGGGGUUAAAUGAUGCAUCGGAUGAGUUUUUUGAUGUCCCUGAACCACUAGAUACUGAACAAUCUGGAAAUGGUUGGCCUUCUGACUUUGGACUGGAAAUGUGCUCUCAGGAUACACGACAUACAAAAGUGUCACCUGCUGCUGUUUUUGUGAAGAAACUGCAUGAUCUUGCAGUUCAAAAGAAGGGUUAUGUCGACCUGCAUGAGAUGGUAAAGGAAGAUUGUUUGUUAUGCAACUAUGGAUCCACCCUUCCAAAGGAUCCAAGCUGUAGUUUGCCUUGCAGUUGGACCGAAGCAGAUCCCUCAACUUUUCUAAUUCGUGGAGAGACUUAUUUAGAUGAUCGUAAGAAGAUUAAAGCAAAAGGCACAUUGAUGCAAUUGGUCGGUGCAGAUUGGUUGAAAUCUGAUAAACGAGAAGAUGAUCUAGGUAGUCGGGAAGGGAGCAUAGUUCAGAAAUAUGCUGCAAAGGGUGGGCAAGAAUUCUUCUUCAUCGUCCACAUACAGGUCCCUGGAUCAACAACAUACAGUCUUGCUUUAUACUAUAUGAUGGAUACUCCUUUAAAAGAGGCACCUUUGCUGAAAAGCUUUGUAGAAGGAGACGAUGCUUAUAGGAAUUCAAGGUUCAAGCUUAUACCUUACAUAUCCAAGGGAUCCUGGAUAGUCAAACAGAGUGUUGGGCGAAAAGCUUGCCUCAUAGGGCAGGCGUUAGAGGUGAAUUACUCUCGUGGGAAGAACUACUUGGAGCUUGGAGUAGAUGUUGGUUCAUCCACAGUUGCAAGGGGUGUGGUUGGCCUUGUUCUUGGCUGCCUAAACAAUCUUGUUAUUGAAAUGGCAUUUCUCAUACAGGCCAAUACAACAGAUGAGCUUCCAGAAUACCUCAUUGGAACCUGCCGUCUAAACCAUCUGGAUGCGUCUAAAGCUGUUCCCUUGAACCAUUGAUUAUUCUUUUUUAUUAUUAUGAUCAUAAGAAUAUAAGAUGUUAAAUUUUUUUGGAUUUUUUCACAUUAUUGGGUUCAAGGAAAAGCUGCACAGAAGAAGGAAAUCACAUGGAUGGGUUGCACACAGAAUGACUAAGCAUUUCAACAUGUGGGGAUUGCCAUAUGUUGCUUACUAUAUAUAUGUAUAGUAUAUUGAUGUGAAUAGGCACGUUUUUGUAUUGAGGAGUAUGAUGUUUCACAUGUUAUAAAGACUGAAGAAAACAUCUCUAAUGUCAUUUCACAGCAACAAAUGAUCAGCCUGUCUGUAGCAAUAGAAGGAAGUGUAUGAAAGUAGAAAUGUGAUUGUGGCAGUAUUUUUUUGUUUUUUUAAGGCAUUAUUUUUAGUGAUUCAGAAAUCAAAAUAUAUAUAUAUCUACUAGUUUUGUUACGUGCGUUGCGCGAUUAAAAAACGC